AAAGCUGUCUGCUUCGAAGGGAGUGUUAAGUUUCUUCGCAGCCAUGAAACUGUUCCUGCUUACCUUCGCAGCGGCUCUGGCCCUGGCCUCCGCCGGUCCCUUCGAUUUCCGUACCGCCCAGCUCCCCAGGGUCACCAUUGAGGAGACUCCCGAGGGCCGCAUCGUCAAUGGCUACCCGGCAACUGAAGGCAAGGCCCCCUACAUCGUUGGUCUGUGGAUCCGCACUGAUGGCAGCAACUCCGCCGCCGUUGGAGGAGGCUCCAUCAUUGCCAACAACUGGGUCCUGACCGCCGCUCACUGCCUGACCACCGACUCCGUGGACAUCCACUACGGUUCCAACUGGGGCUGGAAGGGUGCCUUCUCCCACAACGUGCGCCGCGACAACUUCAUCAGCCACCACGACCUUCCCGCCGAGGGGGGCCGCGACAUCGGUCUGAUCCGCACCCCCUGGGUGGACUUCACGGACCUGAUCAACAAGGUGGCUCUGCCCAGCCAGAGCGAGGCCAGCGACCGCUUCGUGGACACCUGGUGCCUGGCCUGUGGAUGGGGCGGCAUGGACAACGGCGACCUGGCCACCUGGCUGCAGUGCAUGGAGGUCCAGAUCAUCAGCAACAGCGAGUGCGAGCAGGCCUACGGCACCGUGGCCAGCACUGACAUGUGCACCCGCCGCACCGAUGGCCACUCCGUGUGCGGAGGCGACUCCGGCGGUCCCUUGGUCACUCUGGACAACCCACGCCUGGUGGGAGUGAUCACCUUCGCCUCCGUCGGCUGCCACGGUGGUCCCUCCGGAUACACUCGCGUCUCCGAUUACUUGGGAUGGAUCAACGACAACACUGGCGUUUCUUACUAAAUAUUUGUCUAUUCUUAACUAUUUUAAAUAAAUACUAAUGCCAGAAUA